UAAAUUUAUAAGUGGACAAUCCUAAAGAUAUAAUGUGGUAACAAGCAGUAACUAUCUGGACUUAUGUAUUAGUGCUCAAUAUGAGAAGUUUUGAGAAAACCUCGCAUGAAUUGAUGCCUUUACAAUCAAAUUGUCAAUCCAAAACGGCUGAAGAUUCAGCGGGAGUAAUGAAACUCGAGAAAAAUGGAAAAACGUUUUCCACCACUGCCACGUUGGACGACGCAAUGCUGGCCACAGGUUUCGGCACGUACAAUAUCCUCCACAUGCUUCUCAGCGGGCUGAUACUCAUGGGUGUGAUAAUGCAGAGUCUGGCCAUGGGCUACAUACUGCCGGCGGCGCAGUGCGACCUGGAGCUGACCCUGCAGCAACGAGGAUGGCUCUCGGCCACACCCUUCUUAGCGAUAAUCCUGACAUCAUACGUGUGGGGCUGGCUCGCAGACACUCAGGGUCGCCGGUUCGUGAUGCUAUUUUCGAUGACCAUAUCCAGUUUGUUUGCUGUACUGGCCAGCUUCUCGCCGGAGAUCAUCUCCUUUGCGACGCUGUCUUUCAUAUCCGCUGUAUUUAUGUCCGGACCAACAUCUGUUGUCUACACGUAUUUGGGAGAAUUCACCAACGUUCAGCACAGAGACAAAAUUGUCGCAUUCGGUUCUUCCUUCGUCGGUAUAGGAACUGUCGCGUUACCAGCUGUAUCCUGGUUAAUCCUGCCACUAGAAAUAUCCAUUCCUAUUGACUUUCUGCACAUAACGUAUCGCUCCUGGCGUCUCCUUGUAAUCGCCGCCAAUCUCCCUCUCGCCAUUGGCUUCGUUCUCCUACUCUUCGCCCCUGAGAGUCCCAAGUUUCUUCACGCAUGUGGAAAGCAGGAAGCUUGUUUAAAAGUAUUGAGGGACAUGUAUGCAGUUAAUAAACGGCUGCACAGAGACACCUAUCCCAUAAAAUCACUUCUAAAUGAAGCUGAAACUGUCAAGGCUAUGGAGAACAGAGGGAUCGUAGCAGUGUUGAAGUCUAUGCAGGACCAAACCGCACCUCUGUUCAAACCACCGCUACUCAAAUGGACGUUCCUCGUAUGUUUCAUACAGUUCGGACUAUUUGGCACCACAAACGGCUUCUACGUGUGGUUCCCUUCCAUUCUGAACUCGCUCAUCAAUCACGAAGGUCCUGCAGCAAGGCUGUGUGAUAUAUUGGACGCUGAGAGGACUCUGCCUGCUAAUGGAACGGAUGUGGUCUGCGACGAUACGAUAAACUCGGCGACGUUCGAGUUAUCAAUCUACAUCGGACUUGUGUUCUGUUCGAUGUACAUCAUCGUGGGAUUCAUAGUGGACAUCGUGGGGAAGAAGUCGAUCCUCAUUACAAUCCUGACGAUCACUGGACUAUGUGGUUUUGGAGCCCACUUGGCGCCGACACAGCAGAUUGCCGUUGUGCUGUUUGCAGUGUUCCAGAUGUGUGGCGCAUGUAUCGGGCUAACUAACGCGGUCACUGUGGAACUGUUCCCAACUAAAUACAGGGCGAUGGCUGUGUGUCUGUCAAUGAUGAUGGGUCGGGUCGGGUCGAUGACAGGCUCCAACCUGAUUGGCGUUUUCUUAUCGACAAACUGUGGUCUCAGCUUUUAUCUCUUCGGUGGACUUAUUGUUGCUUGCGCACUCCUAUGUUUCACACUUCCCGGAAAAAGAAGAAGUCCCGCGCAACAAACGAAAUCCAACCCAACCCGGAACCAAACCCACGAGCCGGCGUGAACACUUCUGAACCAGAGACGUGAUAAAACGGUGGCCAAGUAAACUAAGUUAAAUAUCAGAUAGGCUUUUAAGAAUUGCGACAGAAGUAGAUUUGUAAGGAGUGAAAUAACAUUAGCUUAAGAUGGAACUUGUAAUAAAAAAUAUACAAAGAGCAGUCAAACACGAAGUGUCAGCAUUUAUAAAGGAUUAGUCUCCGCUGCGCUCCAACUAGAUACCGCAGGUGUAGUCGUAGAGUGCGGCAAAUAAUACUACGCCAAAGUGGGCAUACUCGAGCCGGUCUCGAACAAUGUGUGACUUUGACGUGCCACAUGUUCUGUUAAACUUUGCUAAUAAUUGAAACUAAAAUUCCGGGUCUACAAGAAAUAAGAAAGACAUUGAAAGCACGUCCUAUCAUCAGUUGGUAUUUUGUAUUUUAUUAAUUUCAAUGCAAAAUAAAAAUAACACGAAGCGUAUGUUACAAAAUUUGAAAGAUGCCAUUGAGUCUCAAGAUGCCACGCACACAGGCAUCUUUACAAAUAGCCAAUACACACUACAAUAUAAAGUUGCCGUAAUAAAAAAGCUAUUGUUCUUAGGUAGUAUCUAGUUGGAACGCAGCGGAGACCAAUCCUUAAUCUAAGGAUAAUACUUUUAAUAAUAGGACGUUGAUGUUGCAUAUACCAUUACCUCCGUAAGCAUUAUUAAUUGAAAGGUUCACCAACAGAUUAACAUUGUAAGUACAAUAAUUGAAUACACAACAAAUAUAAACUACUAAAUUAUAGACGGUAUAGUGGUUAAAAAUUAGUUUCAAAUGAUAACUGAUAGAAACGGAUAUAGAGUUUCCCUGAGAACCAAAGUCACCGAUAUAGCUCAAAUGAUUGCGAAACUGAAGUGACAGUGGGCAGGACACAUAGUUCGACGGACAGAUUGCUGUUGGGGCAGUAAUGUCCUUGAAUGGCUACCACGUACCGGAAGACGCAGUGUUGGUAGACCCUCACAAGAUGGACCGACGAUCUGGUCAAGAUCACCGGAAUACGUUGUAUGGGGCGCAGGACCGAUCGUCGUGUAAAUCAUUUGGUGAGGCCUUUGUCCAACAGUGGACGUCUUCCGGCUGAUUAUGAUAAUGAUGAUGUUAUAGAGAAGACUAAAUAAAAGGAAAACAGGACUUGUUUAUUGAAGGCCCACUUCGUAUUGAAUCGGAAAAAACAAAGAAGAAAAUUUAAUAAAGAGAUCCAAUUAUUUUUAGUUGUGGUAGUGAUUUGCCAACGGAGUCGUAUUAAUAGGGUUCUGUUUUUAACUUUUGGGUUCAGUAUCUUAAAAAGCAACUAUUUGUGAAUUAUUUUAACGUUGUUUAAAGUACUUUCUACUUAGUUAUUGUUAUUAUUUUGUAAUGGCUGUGAUAUUGUGUAUACAAUUACUAAUAAUUAUUGUGUUUUUUUUAAAUAAAAUGUUUAAAGUUUC